AUGGCUUCGAGACAACCUGUUCAUUCAGUCUUGUUUGAUAACAACCAAGGCCAAAACCAAUACUAUGGCCAGCCUUCUGCCACUGCACCUGCUGGCGCUGCUGGUGGUGGUGGUGGAGGAGGAGAUGGCUUACAAUUUUACUCAUCAAAUUAUGGAGACCAGUACAGUACCAAUGCCAACAAUUACUACAGUAGUCCACCCACAGGCGAUAUGCAUACUCCCAACUACAAUUAUACCACUGGAUCCUCUGGGUCUUUCUGGAGCGCGUUUGGAACAGGUGGGUUUGCUGAUGAACCACCCUUAUUAGAAGAACUUGGACUCAACUUUGGCCACAUCAAGACAAAGAGUCUUGCCGUGUUAAAUCCAUUUCGCACUGUGCCUCAUACAAUCAUGGACGACACUGAUCUAGCAGGUCCACUUUUGUUCAUCUUUCUGUUUGGUACAUUCUUAUUACUGUCACGAAAAGCACAUUUUGGAUAUAUUUAUGGCGUUGGUGUCAUGGGCGUUGUUAGCAUCUACCUCAUCCUGAAUCUAAUGAGUGAAAACGGCAUUGAUUGGUCGAGAACAGCAAGUGUGUUGGGAUACUGUUUGUUGCCUAUGGUGAUGUUGAGUGGAUUUAGCGUUGUAUUGAAGCUGGAUAACAUUAUUGGAACUGCUCUUACGGUGAUCAGCAUCCUGUGGUGCACCUAUUCGAGCUCUGGUAUGUUCUCCAGUGUGCUUCAUUUGAACGAGCAGAGAUUUUUAGUCGCAUAUCCAGUCGGUUUAUUUUACGCCUGUUUUGCUUUAAUGACCUUUUUUUAA